UGUUAUCACAUAGUGUAAGUGAGCGUGUCAACUGCAACACUAGAAGGGAUCUGCAGGUUUUGUGAUCGCGAAGGUAGAUAGGAAUUUAGCAAUUAUUGGGAAUGCUGUAAUGGUUUGGAAUGUGAGAAGAAUAAGUUGGAAGUUUUUGACAAUAGUUCACAAGCUGAAAACACCAGAUUGGAAUGUCACAACAGCCUUUCAUGAAAUCUGAACAAUGGACCCAAAUUUCACAGCGAUGGGUCAUGAUGUGAAAACAGUACACUGGCAUGUUGGGUCUAUUGCCAGGAGAUUUUCUUGGGAGCUUGACUACCUGUCCACACAUUAUGAGUUCCUGUCAUUAGAAACUCGGAUGUAUUUGAUACUUCGAAUUUUUGAAAUGGUUUACUAUCCUAUACUUGCUCUUGUUGGUGCUUCUGCUAAUUUACUAACAAUUGUGAUACUCUCUCAAGGAAAAUGUGGUCUCUCCAAAUGUCCCACACGCUACCUGGUGUCCAUGGCAGUGGCAGAUCUACUGGUCAUUAUCAUUGACCUAAUAUUGAGGCACAUUCCAAUUGUUUAUGAUGAGCAUUUUAUAUUCGUGAAGUCAAUUCCUGUAUGUAAUAUCCAUGCAAUUAUACUGUUUGCAGUCACAGACUGUUCUGUCUGGUUCACUGUUGCCUUCACUUUUGAUCGCUUUGUGGCCAUUUGCUGCCAGAAACUGAAAUGCAAAUAUUGCACUGAAAGUGUGGCAUUUAUGGUCCUGGGAACAGUGACUGUGCUGAGCUGUUUAAAGAACAUUUUUUGGUUUUUCAUAUUUACGGUUGAAUAUUUACUGAGCAACUUUCCCUGGUUUUGUUUUGUAAGAUGGGAAUAUUUGGAAUCACCACUCUGGGCAACAAUUGAGUUCUUUCAUCACAUUCUCACCCCUGGUGUCCCAUUUGCAUUGGUUUUGUUAUUAAAUGCUUUAACCAUCAGGCAUAUUGUAGUUGCCAAUAGAGCCAGGAAAAGACUUCGUAGUAACAGCAAUGGCUCAAAACAGAAAGACUUGGAAAUGAAGACUCGCAAGAAAUCUAUAAUUUUGCUCUUUGUUAUCUCAGCCAAUUUCAUAGUGCUGUGGGUCAUGCUGCUGAUAUAUUCUGUACUAGAAAGAAUGCAUUAUUUGGGAUAUGAAGUAGUAAUGCUACCAAAUUUUACAAGAGAAAUAGGAUUUAUUUUGCAACUGCUCAAUUGCUGUACAAAUACAUGCAUCUAUGCCAUGACACAAACCAAAUUCAGGGAACAAAUGAAGAUUAUUGUCAAAUACCCUUUUUCUUCGAUUGUCAAAUUAAAUGAUGAAAAAUAAAUUUAAAAAUCCUAAGAUAUUAAA